GGAGGUGAUGACAGCGUCCACAUCUUCGGGCGGGAGCUGGAUCAUAAGAGCCAGCGAACGGGAAAGGCGGUUUGUAACCUGGAAGGCUUGGGAUGGAGCAUCGUCAUGAUUUUGGUCCUGAGAGCAGCGGGUACCCGGGCGGGGUCCAGAACCGUGACGCGACUGCGGCGCCGGGGCCCAGCUCGUCUGGGUGCCCCCUUCAGUACCUCCUCCCGAGAGUUCCCAGCGCCCAGGCCCACCCUGAUCCCGGGGCUCGAAAAACUUUGCCUCCAGCUCGCUCCACCCGCCUUCCCUUCCCAGUUCCGCCCCGCAGCCGCUCACUCACCUCCAGACCCAGAGCCGGCGGGAGCCGCAUCUCUAUGGUCGGCCGCGGCUGGAGCGGCCCCCGGGGCCCCCUUUGUGCGACCGCCUCCGGCUCAGCCGCCUCUAGGAUAUUGGUGAUGUGGAAGCCACUCUCUCUUCCUCUUGCCAGCUGCCGGGGUUUUCGUAACACCCCAGGGCCUGUAAGGUUUGGUGUUUCCCUUUCAAGAUGCCACUUUCAGACUUUAUUCUGGCCCUGAAGGACAAUCCCUACUUUGGGGCUGGAUUUGGGCUGGUGGGUGUGGGCACAGCCCUGGCCCUGGCCCGGAAGGGUGCCCAACUGGGCCUGGUGGCAUUCCGGCGCCAUUACAUGAUCACACUGGAAGUCCCUGCUCGAGACAGGAGCUAUGCCUGGUUGCUUAGCUGGCUCACCCGCCACAGUACCCGUACUCAGCACCUCAGUGUCGAGACUUCGUACCUUCAGCAUGAGAGCGGCCGCAUUUCCACUAAGUUUGAAUUUGUCCCCAGCCCUGGAAACCACUUUAUCUGGUAUCGGGGGAAAUGGAUCCGGGUAGAACGAAGUCGAGAGAUGCAGAUGAUAGACUUGCAGACGGGGACUCCUUGGGAAUCUGUCACCUUCACGGCCCUGGGCACUGACCGAAAGGUUUUCUUCAACAUCCUGGAGGAAGCUCGAGAGCUAGCCUUGCAGCAGGAGGAAGGGAAGACUGUGAUGUACACAGCUGUGGGCUCUGAAUGGCGUCCCUUUGGCUAUCCACGCCGCCGGCGACCACUGAAUUCUGUAGUUCUACAACAGGGUCUGGCUGACCGAAUUGUCAGAGACAUCCAGGAAUUCAUCGAUAACCCCAAGUGGUACACUGACAGAGGCAUUCCUUACAGACGUGGCUACCUGCUUUAUGGGCCCCCUGGUUGCGGAAAGAGCAGUUUUAUCACAGCCCUGGCUGGGGAACUGGAGCACAGCAUCUGCCUGCUGAGCCUCACGGACUCCAGCCUCUCUGAUGACCGACUCAACCACCUGCUGAGCGUGGCCCCGCAGCAGAGCCUGGUGCUCCUGGAGGAUGUGGAUGCUGCUUUUCUCAGUCGAGACUUGGCUGUGGAGAACCCAGUAAAGUACCAAGGCCUAGGUCGCCUCACCUUCAGUGGACUGCUCAAUGCCUUGGAUGGUGUGGCUUCCACUGAGGCCCGCAUCGUGUUCAUGACCACCAACCAUGUUGACAGGCUGGACCCCGCCCUGAUACGCCCGGGGCGAGUGGACCUGAAGGAGUACGUGGGCUACUGCUCACACUGGCAGCUGACCCAGAUGUUCCAAAGGUUCUAUCCAGGGCAGGCACCUUCCUUAGCUGAGGACUUUGCAGAACAUGUCCUUCGAGCUACAAACCAGAUCAGUCCUGCCCAGGUGCAGGGCUACUUCAUGCUGUAUAAAAAUGACCCUGUAGGGGCAAUUCACAAUGCUGAGUCUCUGAGGAGGUGAUCAGGCUGAGCUCAGCUCAGCUUUCCUCCUCUAGUUCAAUAAACAUCUGCCACACUA